CUGAGAUCCCAGGCACCAGCCAUGUCUAUGACGCUCGAUCUGGGAACCGUGUGAGUUGAAAGGCCGUGGCGGGGGGGAUGAUGUCCUCGGAGAGUCAGACGAGCUGCGUGACCCGGACACUGAGCUGGUAGACCUGGCAAGGGCACUGCGGUGCGGAAGGGAAGAUGUUUUAUGCUCUGCUUGUUGCAGUUAACAUCCUGAUUAACGCAGUUUCAGGUGUGAAUACAGAGCCGUGUGCCCAGACAUAUCCUGAAUCUCCUGUCGUGCAGCUUGAUUCCAACUUUACGGCAUACUGUGUUUUAAACGAGAGCUGUAUGUACACAGAUGCCAGUAAGUUAUUCUGGAAAAUUCGGAAUAAAAAGGUGCCGGAGACCCAGUACACGGUCCUCAACAAGACGGUUUCCAGCGUGACUAUUGUUCCUUCAUCCUUAUCGGACGACCUCCUAACAUGCAAUCACCUCAAACAUGGUGAAAUUGAAACCACUCUUCAUGGAAUCUUUUUAACACUUGGCUACCCUCCAGAUAAGCCUGAAAACCUGACAUGCAUUGUAUACAAUGGGGAGAAACUGACGUGUUAUUGGAACCCUGGAAGACCCACACAUCUCAUCACAAAUUAUACCCUGAGGCAUGAAUGGGCUUCAUCAUCAGUGAUCGCAGACUGCAUACCCGAAGGUGUAAAUAAUUCUUGCUCGUUUUAUGCGCCUACCUUUCAGUUUCAUAUUGACACCAUAUUAUGGGUGGAGGCCAAGAAUGCUCUUGGCACGACAAAAUCAGACGCGCUCCGGAGAGAUGCUGCAAAUCUGGUCAAGCCCAAUCCUCCUGAGAUCAAGUCGUUGAUUUCCACGGUACAAUUACCCCGAGCCCUUAAAAUAGAGUGGAAGAACCCAAUGGAAAGAGAUCCAAGUAUGACGAUGAAAUACAUCAUCAGAUAUCGAACCAAUAGCAGUAAAGAAUGGGAAGAGGUGCCACCACAUGACACAGCCUCACAUAGAACAUCUUUUACUCUACAAGACCUCCUGCCAUACACAGAGUAUGUUGUUUCUUUACGUUGUAUGAGGAGCAAUGGACAAGGUUAUUGGAGCGAUUGGAGCAAAGAAGCCUGGGCAAUCACGCCAGAAGACAAGCCAACGAAAGGCCCAGAAUUAUGGAGAAGAAUUGGCAACCCCGAUGAAUCUGGAAACAGAAGUCUUCGUCUAUUGUGGAAGGAAUUGGAUCCAAUGUAUGCUAAUGGGAAAAUAACCCUGUACACGGCUUCUCUUCGGCGAAGAACAAAUGAGCCGUAUGCCCUUGCUGUUGUGAAUGUCACAAGUUAUGACUUCGUCAUUCCUAAAUAUUCCUUUAUUGCCUCGGUUAUUGCUAACAACAGUAUUGGAGCGUCUCCUCCGUCGGUUCUGGCUAUUCCAUCUGGGAAAAAAACAGAAGUCCAGCCUGCAGAGAUUGACGUUAAGGCGUUCCCCAAAGAUGGAAAGCUAUGGGUGGAGUGGACGCCGCUGAAUAAAUCCAUUGAUGGUUAUGUCAUUGAAUGGUGUAUUAAAUCGGAACAGACUGCCUGCGAGAUCGAGUGGCAACGCGAGCCAAGCACAUCAAGUGGUGCAUUUUUAAGAGGCAACAUUUUCCCAUUUAAGUGCUAUCUAAUCAAAGUUUAUCCGCUGUAUUAUGAUGGCCGUGAGAGCUCAAGAUCUGUGGAGGCGUAUCUUCAACAAGGAGCUCCUACUACAGGUCCUUCUGUUCGUACAAAAAAAGUGGAAAAAUACAAGGCUGUUUUGGUAUGGAAUCCCGUACCUUUAGACGAACAAAAUGGAUUCAUAAGAAACUACACUCUGACCUUUUCCCCCAGCCAUGGAAAUGUUACCACUGUGGUCAUUGACUCAUCAAACACAGAAUAUACACUUUCCUCCUUAAAGGGCGACACACUUUAUAACAUUCAUAUGACGGCUUAUACUGAAAAUGGCAAAAAGGAUGGUCCCGUCUACACGUUCACAACUCAGCGAUUUGCUAAUGGAGAAGUUGAAGCCAUUGUGGUGUCUUGCUGUAUUGGUUUUCUAAUACUCCUGCUUGUUGGCGCCUUCAUUUGUUUCCGCAAAAGAGAUUUGAUUAAAAAACACAUUUGGCCAAAUGUUCCUGAUCCUUCAAAAAGUAACAUUGCACAGUGGUCUCCCCAUACUCCAAGCAGGCACGAAUUUAAUCCGAAAAGCAGCCCGUUCCAAGAUGGUAGCGUUACGAAUGUCAGUGUGGUGGAGAUAUCUGAAGAAAAGAAGUCAUACACAGAGCAGGAUAUCAAAUCCAUAGAUCCACUUAAGAAAAACACAUCUGAAGGAUUCAGUAGUGGCAUUGGGGGUUCUUCUUGCAUGUCCUCUCCUCAGCUAAGUGUUUCAGACGGUGAUGAGGCUGAAUCUGCACAAACCACGUCCAGUACUGUGCAGUACUCCACUGUAAUUAUUAGUGGAUAUAGAGACCAGCAACCAACAGCUGUGGUUCCUCAUGUAUUUUCAAGGUCAGAGUCAACUCAACCACUUUUGGAAUCUGAAGAGAGACCUGAUGAUCAACAGGCUCUGGAGAGGGAUGACCAUUCAGUGGUUUCCAACCAGUACUUUAAACAGAACUGCAAUGAAAAUGGCACAGGACGACUACAGACCGUGCCCCAGGAAAAGCAACCUCCAGAUGCAGUUUGUCUUCAAAAUGGUCUUCAGGACAUGAACGCUGGGCAGAGUAUAUGCUCUGAAGAACAAUCUGUAGGUUCACAAGUAGACCAUGUUAUUGGUGAAAUAAAAAGUUAUCUGCCGCAGAUUGCGAGGCGAGGUGGUUACAUGCCACAAUAGACUGACUUUUGAGUCUAUGGUUUGGAUUUUAUCAUUGUUGACGCCAUACAGUCUGGUGUAAGGCUCUGGUUCACCUACAUCUUAAAA